CCUUGGAGGCUUUUUUGGUCCUGUUUGUGAGAUUGAUGUUGUCCUUAAUGACGCUGAAACACGAAAGCCAGCCGAGAUCAAAACAGAAGAUGGUAAAAUAGAAAAGCACUAUCUCUUCUACGAUGGCGAGUCUGUUUCCGGAAAGGUGAACGUCUCCUUUAGGCAGCAUGGGAAGAGACUAGAGCACCAAGGAAUUAGAAUUGAAUUUGUAGGACAAAUCGAGCUCUUCAAUGACAAAAGUAACACCCAUGAAUUUGUAAACUUAGUGAAGGAACUGGCCUUGCCCGGAGAACUGACCCAGAGCAGAAGCUAUGACUUUGAGUUCAUGCAAGUUGAGAAGCCAUACGAGUCGUACAUUGGUGCCAACGUCAGACUGAGGUAUUUCCUAAAAGCGACAAUAGUAAGAAGGCUGACAGACCUGGUGAAGGAGUAUGAGCUCAUUGUUCACCAGCUUGCUACCUACCCCGAUGUGAACAACUCAAUUAAAAUGGAAGUGGGCAUUGAAGACUGCUUGCAYAUAGAGUUUGAAUACAAUAAAUCCAAGUAUCACUUAAAGGAUGUGAUUGUUGGAAAAAUUUACUUCCUCUUAGUGAGAAUAAAAAUUCAGCACAUGGAGUUGCAGCUGAUCAAGAAGGAGAUUACUGGAAUUGGACCCAGUACCACGACAGAGACUGAAACCAUUGCCAAGUAUGAAAUAAUGGAUGGUGCACCAGUGAAAGGUGAAUCAAUUCCUAUAAGGCUGUUCUUAGCAGGCUACGACCCAACUCCCACCAUGAGGGAUGUAAACAAAAAGUUUUCAGUGAGGUACUUCCUAAAUCUAGUGCUUGUGGAUGAAGAAGACAGACGAUACUUCAAACAACAGGAAAUAAUUUUGUGGAGAAAAGCUCCCGAGAAACUGCGGAAGCAGCGAACAAACUUUCACCAGCGAUUUGAAUCUCCAGAGUCACAAGCAUCUGCUGAGCAACCUGAAAUGUGAACUGGUAUGAGCUGAAAAACUCUUGCAAUGCUUCAGCAGGUUAAAGAUGGCAGCAGCCUGUGGGAAACGAAGGCCAAAAUUCCCAUUACAACUGUCUUCCUUCAUCUUGCAGCGCUGCAUUUACCCUACUACUAAAAUAUUCUUCAGUUAAACGUUCAAGUAUGUAUAUACAUUUACAAUAAAGUGCUUUCUCAAACACUGGAACUUUCUUAAGCUACUAUUUUAUACUGCACAUUUACUUUUAUUUGAUAAUGUAAUGCACUUGGAUAUGCAUAGGCUUAAAUYGAAUUAUUUCCAUGUAUGGUAGGCUUGUAUAUUUGAUUUUUGCUGAUCACCUGUAUUGUGUAGACUAAAGCAUUUCCCUUUUCCAUUCAUGUUGUUUAUUGCAUGUCUCUCUCAAAUGUUGUUUAUCUGCUUUUUUUUGUUUGUUCUGAAACUUCAGUAAGACAACUAAAUCGCACUAAAAAUCAAGGCUUAUGAUGGACUUUCUGCCCUAAAAGACUCCUAUUUGUCAUAUCAGGGUUUAACUCCAGUAUAUGCACUAGGGAUAUGGUAACUGGAGACUUCAGCUACCUAACCAAGGUUUUAAAGAAGCUUUGACUCUGUUAGUGAUGAAGAAUCUCAUUGCAAAAUGAAACAAAAAAAAAAAAAAGAAAAUUUAUUCGACUGUACUUCUCGUGAGCCUUUCAUCUGAGUGACUCUUAAGAUUCAUUGCCUGGUAACUGGUGAGAGUAGAGAUGUUCUCACUAUUUCACUUUGGGAUGGUGAGUGUUUGAAAUAUGUGAAAGUAGUUAUCCCUUAUUGAUGAAACAAGCACUGGUAACGUUGAUUAUUUUGCAAAUACACAACUGUUCCUCCUGGAUUCACACUUCCACUGUCUUCACAGUUUGUUUCCUCACUGUCCUCAUACGAGAGGCACCUACAUCCUCCAAGGACGUUCUCCUGAGUCCAUCGAGGCCUGUUACGAGGCUUCUAGAAAGGCAUUUUGAAGCCAGGUGAGCUUCAAAACUACUAGAAGCUUGUCUAGCAAAGCAGCUUGUUUAUCUUAAUCAUCGUGUAUGCAUUUAGUGGUUGGAGAAAUAGCUUAAACAAGUUAGCCUUCAUCUAUUCACYGUGGAGCAUGUAGUCUGUUACCAGACGUGUGGCUUGGGCAUAAAGCGAAGCCUGCUGUGUGGAAGGCUUGUAGUUCACUUGGCCUUUAAACCAAGACUUUUCAGCUUGGGUGCAAGUGUCAUUGGUAACCUUACUUUCUGAGUAAGUAAAUUAACUGCAUUAUAUUUCUGUAAGAACUGUUUUAUUACUAUGGCACUUUGAUAAAGCAGACAAAGAUUCUGUGUACUUUCUGCUAGGAUACUUCUCUUCAUGUGGAUAUCU